CUGUAUAAACCUACAACCUUAAACCCUAGAGACAAAAACUAAGGUUUUACAAUGGAUGAUUGUGAAAACAAACAUGAAUCUGAGGUUGCUCCUGCCUUAAUUGCACUUCAUCCAACUCACCAAUCUGUUGCUGUUGCUGUUGGUUCUAAUCUACGUGUCUUUAAUUUUCAAGAAGGUUGUGCAGUUUCAUUGGUGGAUGAGUCGGGAGCGCAUAUGCAUAAAGAUUCAAUAAGAGCAAUUCGUUAUGGUGCUGAAGGCAAGCUCUUUGUAUCUGCUGGAGAUGACAAACUUGUAAAGAUUUGGGUAACUGAUUCUUGGCGGUGUAUAAGUUCCGUGUCAUCCGAGAAGAGAGUUACUGCUGUUGCCAUUAGUAAUGAUGGUCGUUUUGUAUCUUUUGCGGAUAAAUUUGGUGUAAUAUAUGCAGUUGAAAUAGAAGCUUUUCAUGAAAAUCAAAGUUUGCCCAAUAAGAAGGCAGUCCCAAUUCUUGCCCACUACUGCAGUAUCAUUACUAGUCUGGAGUUUUCACCUGACGGACGGUACAUUAUUAGUGCUGAUCGGGACUUCAAAAUCCGAGUCUCUGUGUUCCCGGAAAAGCCAUCAGAUGGAGCUCACGAGAUUCAAAGCUUUUGCCUUGGCCAUACAGAGUUUGUUACCUGCCUUGCCUUCAUAAGCAGCAAGGAUUCCCAGCAGUGGUAUUUACUUUCUGGAGGUGGUGAUUCAACUGUACGCUUGUGGGACUUCUCUUGCGGUUCUCUUCUUGAUACCUGUCAUGUUGGAUCAGAGACAGGACUAUUACAGUCAGAAGAAAGAAUAGAUGACAGCUUGCUGGCUGUCACCGAUCUCUGCGCCACUCCUGGUGGAUCAUUAAUCGCGGUGGCCAUUCAGAGCUUGGCAGGAGUAAUGCUUUUGAGUUGCAACCUUUCAGCUAGAUCUCUCCAAUUUGCAAGAGUGGUUCCAAUUCCUGGGGAGACUUUUAUUCCCACGAGCUUAGCAGCCGGCUCUUCAUCGAAGCAAUUGUGGAUGGUCAUGGGUGCAUCGACUCUGUGUGCUUCCGAUUCAGCACCUUUAGCUCGUGUGAAGGUUCUCGAUGGUUUCUGUGAGAGCAAAGAGCAAGAGACACGUGCAUUAGAAGAUACAGAUAUACAAGGUGGCGAACAACUCCUUCAAACGUUGCAAGGGAGUUCGUUCAUUGAGAAAGAUGCGUUAUCGACAGCUGCAGAAGCGGUAAAAACAGCAAUGUGUAAUCUAUUAAUAAAGAAGCAGUACCCUUCAGAAAAUCGAGAGUUUAGAAAGAGAGGGAGGAACGACAAGAAAGUAAAUAAGAAAAAAUGACCUUAGUCGGCAAAGUUACUUGGUAUCUGUACUGGGGAGGAGGUUAGCAGAAUAUCUCAGAUUUUGCUGUGAUGUUUUUUUUUAAACUGGUUGCUUUAUUCACUAUUUGUGAUAUGAUGCUGUCUUCAUUGUUUCAAUGGUGGCUACUAUAAUUUACAAA